ACGUGUAAGAUACUCUUAAACCAAACAAGCACCAACGUUUUGCGCUGUCUCUUUUUAUUGCAGCAGCAUCCAACCCUUCUCUUCUAAGUAACUUAAUUUCUUACACAUGGCAAGGAUUGUUCUAACCUCUUCCUUGCACAUUCCUCUCUUCUCCUCCCUCCCCUUCACCCUUUUCUUUCUUCUUCUUUCACUCAUGUCUCUCUUCUCUGUCAUCACUUUUCUCUGCGGUUCUCACAAGCUCAAGAACCUCCGCAUAGAAGCUCAGAAAAAAAGGUCCAAUUCCAAGCUCAACACCAACCUCGGCAACAGGGCACUCUCCAUGGUGAAGAUGCUGUCGUGGAGGAAGGUGCAGGCAGAGGGAGAAGCCCAAGGAGAUUGCAGCAGUGACCAUGAUGAAGAAGCCCUUUGGAGGAAGAACAUCUUGAUGGGAGAAAAGUGUCGUCCUUUAAACUUUUCUGGCAAGUUUGACAAUGAUUUUCUACCCAGGAAUUAAUGCUUCCUCGUUUUUCUUCUGUUUCUGUUGCUUGAAUUAGAACUUCCUAACUCACUCUUCAGCUUUUGCACCCUGCUGUGAGAUGGAAACAAAGUUAGCAGCUUUUUGUUUUUUGUGGGAACUACUGGUGUGGCUUUGCAGGGGUUAGAAACUUUUUGUGAUGGGAGUAGAGUUUAUCAACUUUUCAGUU